AUGGUUUGGAUUCUAGUUCCUUUAGUUGUUGUUCCCUUAGCAGCAUAUUCUUUAUCCAGACAUUCUUCAAAAUGUCUAUAUCCGUUCCUAGUUAUUUCUGUUAUUAAUUCAAUUGUUACUUUUUGUAUGGCUUUAAUUGUUGGGUGUUUUUCGUUGCUUUGUUUUGAACAAUUAAAAAAUCAUUUUGAAACUAUUGCUUCCCAGCCUUCCUUAAAACAUUUUUCAACAUCUUUACAAGCUUCUGAUUCUUUUAUUCCCUUUUUUGACAAUUCAAAUUCUUCUUCAAUGACAACUUUUAUUUAUUGUGCUUUAACUAUUUUAUCUAGUAUAAUUUUAUCUUUAUUCUUUUUUUGGCAAUCAAUUGUUCUUUUUAGUUGUAUAACAUAUUUCGAUGUGUUAGCACAACAAAGAAAGCAACAUGAACAACAAUUAAAACAAUCAGUUGCUGCUGGGAUUGAAUCUCGUAUCCACUCCCUAGCCUCCGCCCCAACAGAAAUAAGGGGGACACAAUCAGCGGUAAUUGGAGGGAAAAUGGAGUGCUCCCAAUGUAUUUCUGAAAUUCGACAACUUGAUCAAUUUUCUGGGCUUAAAGGAUCCUUUAGACAGUGCUGA